UUCAGUGGUCGAGGCGUGCGGUGUUGGGAGGGUUGCACUCGGCUCUCUCUCUUAACUAUAUUUUUCUCUGGUGUUCGGUUUCGGGUAGUGGGAUAUACACAGGGGUGGGACAGGAUUCGGUUCAGAGGUAUCACUAAAAAACCGGCUUGUGGCGCGCGCUGCUGUGUUUUGGGGUUGGUGUGUUCUCAAUAUGGCGACCUAUUUUGUGAUAACGUACACAGCUACAGCAGGGGCGAACGGGCCCUUGCUUGGCUCAGACGAAGAAGAUAUCGUCAUAAUGCAGUUCUUGGUGUGGGACGCCGUCAGUAGAAAGGUGGUCACGGAGCAGCAGUACAUCGUGCGUCCUCUCUCGGGCGACAUCAACGAGAACGUCCUGGGCGAGCAGUGCCGGGAGGAGUACGGGCUCACGGAGGACCAGGUCAAGAACGGCCAGCCCAUCGAGAACGUGGUCGAUUCGUUCGACGCCAUCCUGAGCAAGAUAGCAGACGGGGACACAGGUAAGGUCGCCAUGGUGACGGACGGCCAGCUUCACCUCCGUCAGGUGAUCCACCCGAAGGCGCUGGCGAAGAACCUUGACCUCCCCGAGUACUACAACGCCUUCUAUGACCUGCGUAAGGAGUUCAAGUCCUUUUACCACUCGGAGGAAAUGGCCUGCGUCGCCGAUAUGAUGAACUUCCUCGACCUGGAAUCCGAAGAAGAGGAAGAACUGGCCACUCGCUCAGUCAGAGAUAUGAGCAAGAUUCUCGCCCGUAUGGUCGCUGACGGUCACAGAUUUGUUCUUCCCGGAGACGGUUUGUGAUUCGGUUAGAACCCGGCAUAUGUUCCCGGACGGAGGAGGUCGACAGCGCAUGCGUGGUGCGGGCGAGAGGACUUCCCUGGCAGAGCUCCGACCAAGACAUUGCAAAGUUCUUCCGAGGUCUAAACAUUGCAA